AUGGAUCCAGAGCAAGUCGCCGAAUUAAUCGAAGCGCAACGUCUAAAUACUGAGUUGUUACUCGAACAACAAGCCAAAUCCACUGAUUUGCUUGUGACCAAGUUGUUCGACGGUUUCAAGACCUAUCUUACCUCAACAACUGGAACUUCUUCUGUUCCUCCAGCUGGUCCGAUAACAACUUCCGCAACGACUACUGAGUACAUCUUGAACUCAUUAUCCAGUCGAAUCCCUGAAUUCAUAUUCGAUGAGGAAAGCGGUCAAACUUUUGAUGUGUGGUACCAACGAUACCAAGACACGCUCUCGAAAGACGCCAAAGCACUUGAUGAUGAUGCUCGAUCUCGUUUUAUUCUUCAAAAGCUUGAUCCGACGUCAAAUGCUCGGUUCAUUAACCACAUACUUCCAAAACGAAUCUCUUUUUUUAUUUGCAUAAUUAUAGACAUGACCGUCUCCAUACAGAAAUUUCGGUUUGAAGACAUGACUUUUUCUCAAUAAUUUCAUUUCUGGAUGAAAUUAUGAAUUUUCUUGUUUUUUAACCGUGUUAAAAAUUUUCUUUCAAUUUUUUUAGCUUCAAAAUUGCUUCUGGGUGGCUUACUAAGCCUAAGCCUGAGAGCAAGUGUCAUUUAGGUCCCAACUCAUCGACUUCAUUUUUCCAUUUUUGGAUUAUUCCAAAUCUGUUACUUUUUUGUUGACUGUAUACACGAAAAUAAACAUUUCAAUUUUUGUCAGCUACCCGCUCAAAUCGAAAUUUUCAUUUGGGCGGGUAUUUUUGUCAAACACUCGAGCCGAUUUAAAAAAAAAAAACUCGGGCCGAUUUUUUUUUUUGGAAAAACUCGGGCCGAUUUUUUUUUCGUAAAAUGGGAACUUUUUUCCUUUUUGAUUUUUUUCCAAUGUUAAUUAGAAGUACGUUCUUUCAAUUUGAAUUAUGGAAGUUGGAAUUAAUUCAGGGUUAAUUAAUUCAGAUCAGGGGUGGGGAACCUGGCCUCACGUUGGCCUCAUGUUGGCUUUGUUGGUACUCAGGUAGCAGCUUGCCCAUGGACUGCCCUUAGAAAAGCGGUUGCCCCAUAAUUGCACCUUGGGCAAGCCCUAAGGGCAAAUUUUUUAAUGGGAAAAAUAAAUCUAUAGCUAUUUUUAAUAACGUGACCUAGUUUUGAUACGUGUCCUGUUUCGAAAUCUGAAUUUCUUCUCAUUUUUUAUAUUCUGUUAGCCAAGAAAAUAGCGAAUGAAUCAAACUAUUUCGAUGGCUGUCAAAUAUCUAUUAGAAAAGCAGUAACUACUGUGAGCAAGUUAUAAAUUCAAAUAUAGUGAAGCGGAUUCUGGGAUUAUCACUGUGAUUGUUAUAUGGAUUUUUAUUAAUAAGAUGUUUUCCAAACCAUGUAUAAAUUUAUCCGAUUCUCAAAAAAGUUGCUCUGGAUCAACUGCUUCAGCCAUUGCAGCUUUGAAUUAUAAAAUUUCGGUCAAAUUAUCUAGAAAAUUCACGAACGGUCGAAAAAAUAAUUAUCAACUUAUGUGAAAUUUUGAUUUUACAAUGAGAAGCAGAGUAUGAUCAAGCUGAAGUGCAUCUAUCUCUCCUAUGUUAUUUCGUUUAAUAAAACUUUUACUUAACACUUAUAAAAAUGUUUUCUUCUAUUUAGCUGCUCCCUUUUGAUGAAGGCUGCCCCUCCAAACUGCCCGAUUUUGGGCCUAGGAUCCAUUUUUCCAAGCUGGAAACAAGAAAAAUUAGUGAAAAUGCUUUUUUACGUGGCUUGAAUUAAUUUGAUUUUUAAACGUGAUGUCCUUGUUUAAUUGAAAUGCCCAAAGAUUGCCCCUUGAAUGCUCCAAUGCAGCCCUUAGAACCUGCUCUAAGGGGCAGAGUAAGGGGCAGUCCAUGGGCAAGCUGCUACCUGAGUAAGAACAUAAGCCAUGACAAGUCCACGUGUAAACCUGGCUACCUGUCCUGUUUUUUUUAGUUGAGAAACAACACGGCGAAAAAAUAGGAGAUCGCAUUUUAAUUUUUUUAUGCAGUAAAAAAAAUUUCUCUGCUAAUUUUUGUUCAAGCGAGGGCAGGUUGGGCAUAUGGCUUUAGCACAUGUUCAAGCCAUGUUCGAGCCAGGACAAGUUUAGACCAUGUUCAAGGACAGGACAACAUGAGGCCAGGCCAAUUUCCUCACCCCUGAUUCAGAUAAUUUUAAUUCACACUUUUUUCAAGUAUUUCCAAAACAUUUUUUUUGCAAAAUUUCAAAACACAUUUUUUUAAUGUGUGUACAAAAAUCUCAACCAGAAAAUUACAAUAUCCAAAUUUGAAAGGAGAACAUACUUGACUUACAGAGUUCACUACAACAAGUGGUUCAAUAGAUGAAAACUCUGAUAAUGUUAAAAAUAACUUUUCCAGAGUUCUCACGACAUUUUCGAUGUUGGAUUUAAAUUUCAAAGAACAACUCAAUGCAAAGCUUUAUUUCUGUUAAAAAUCGGACCACUUCUUGGAACUUCGAAAUAUAUCGAAAAUUUUAAACAGAUUUUUGACACUCCGUCAAAAAUUUUCGCACUUUGGUGCUAAAAAAUCGAACGAGAAAGACUGCACGAAUUUUGAACAGACCGAGAUGCAUGUUUUGGGAAAUCUCAUACCUGUCAGAAAUAAUCCAGGGAAAAAAGAAUGUGGAUUUAUCUAUUUGAAAAAUUAUUUUCAGAUCCGAAAACUCGAAGUUUAUUCUAAACGAAAGAAUAAAGUUAUCUGAAAAUCAAGGUUGCCAAUUUUUUCAUAAAAAGCUGACCAAUAAAAAUGAAUCGUAUUUUCCGAGAAAAAUUCUGAGUCGGACCUGAAAAAUCAGACAAUGUUUUGAAAAUCGUCCAAUUCAUGGACCGGAAAUAUGGACUUUUUCCAAGUUGUUCGAUUUUUAUGGUCCAAGUCCAAUUUCAAAUUUUUUUUUCAAUUCAUUUUUUGAGCCCAGAACCUCGAAAAAAAAAAUGAAAUAAUAGAUUGACUAAAAAUUCUCUUCGUUAAAUUGACUGAAAAUUUCAAAUUUUAUUUUUCAACUCAUUUUUGAGCCCAGAACCUCGAAAAAAAUGAAAUAAUAGAUUGACUAAAAAUUCUCUUCGUUAAAUUGACUGAAAAUUUCAAAUUUUAUUUUUCAACUCAUUUUUUUGAGCCCAGAACCUCAAAAAAAAUGAAAUAAUAGAUUGACUAAAAAUUCUCUUCGUUAGAUUGACUGAAAAUUUCAAAUUUUAUUUUUCAGCUCGAUUUUUGAGCCCAGAACCUCGAAAAAAAUCAACAAAUAGAUUGACUAAAAAUUCUCUUCGUUAGAUUGACUGAAAAGCCCAAAACGUCCUCGAAAUCUAUGUUUUUCAUUGAAAAAUAAUCACUGGCUGACUAAAUUUCUUCCAGAAAAUGCUAAAAUCACUCAAAAAACUGAAAAACAGUCGAAAACACCAAAAAAAUUGAUUCACAAAACACAGAGAACAAACAAAUAAAUUCAAACACCUCGCGUUGUGCGCUAGAGCGCGUUUGCAUCUUUAGUCAAUCUACAGUUAAAAACCUGCAGCCUCCCCUCGCAAACUACACGAAACACACCAACACCCCAAUCACUGGCGCACAAUUCGUAAGGCGUUGUUGACGCGUUUCUUGUCAUUUUUUUUUCAAAUUUUCAUUUUUUUCGCUUUUUACAGUUUUCGACGUAAAUAAAAUGACAACAGCGAUAGAAAUCGAAUCGGCCGAGUGAGUUUUUUAAUUAAAAAUCUAUUUUCUGCACACCCGUUCAAGCCACGCAAUGAGUGUUUUCUACUGUAAAACGAAAAAUCUGCGAUUGAAAAAAACUGUGCAAACACUUUUGUCUAAUUCUCUCUGUUCGCCGUUAUAUUUCGCACUACAGUAUUAAAGGAACAUGAUAAAUUUAAUGCGUUGGGUCUUGUCGCGAUUGCUAACUUUCUUCGCAGGACCUCAAAAAAUAAGAAAAGUAGCAAGUCAGGUAGAACUCCAGGCGCUGAUUUUCAUGCUAUAUUUAGUUUAGCAUGAAGCUUAUCUAGGUUUUGAGCUACAGGGUGCACCGUUUUUACAGCGUUUUGCUGAUUUUUGUGUUGCUUGAGCGGGUGUGUCUGAAAAAAAACCAAUAAUUUUUCGUUCAGUGUCAUUCGAUUAAUCGAGCAAUAUUUGAAAGAAUCGAAUCUGCUUCGAACACUUCAAGUUCUUCAAGAGGAAACAAAUGUAACAUUGAACACUGUGGAUAGUAUUGAUUCGUUUUGUAAUGAGAUUACGCAGGGACAUUGGGAUAAUGUUUUGAAAACCAUUCAGCCGUUGAAAUUGCCUGCAAAAAAAUUAAUUGAUUUAUAUGAGCAUGUAAGUUUUUGGUAAAUUUUAAAGGAAUAUCUGAAAUUGAUUGUGAGCAGCUUUUGCGAAAAUUGAAAUGUUCUUGUGAUUCGCCAGGUCCGAAAAAAAAAUUUUCUAGAUCAUCAUCGAGUUAGUGGAACUUCGUGAACUCGCAACCGCUCGUCUUGUUGCAAGACAAACCGAUCCAAUGAUUUUACUCAAGCAAAUCGAUCCGGAAAGAUUCACAAGAUUGGAAAAUCUCAUCAACCGGCCAUAUUUCGACAGCUCCGAAGUUUUCGGUGAUAUCUCGAAGGACAAACGACGCUCCGCAAUUGCACAAGCCUUAUCUUCAGAAGUACAUGUUGUUCCACCAUCUCGACUUCUUUCGUUGUUGGGACAAUCUUUGAAAUGGCAAUUAAAUCAAGGAUUAUUGCCACCAGGAACUGCAAUUGAUUUAUUCCGCGGAAAAGCGGCGCAAAAAGAGCAGGUUGAAGAGAGAUAUCCGACACAAAUGGCUAGACAUAUCAAAUUUUCAGCGAGUGAGUGUAGUUUUGUGAUUUUUAAGAAUUAUUCAGGAACCAAGAAAUCAUACAACAUAACUUUAUGAUUUUUCUUCAGAAUCAUACCCGGAAUCAGCGAUUUUCUCACCAGAUGGAAAUUAUUUGGUAACCGGUUCGAAGGAUGGUUUCAUCGAGGUCUGGAAUUAUAUGAAUGGAAAAUUGAGAAAGGAUUUGAAGUAUCAGGCUCAAGAUAAUUUAAUGAUGAUGGAUGCUGGUGUUCGAUGUUUGGCUUUUAGUAGAGAUUCGGAGAUGUUGGUUUCAGGAGCUUUGGAUGGAAAAAUCAAGGUUCGGAAGGGGAAAAAUUGGGGACUUUGGGAACAUAUAUCUAGAUAGCUGGAUUCCGGUUGAAAAAUGGCCUAGAACAUUUUUUGAUUGCCUAGUAAAUGAAAAAAACGUUCAAAAUCUAUUUUCCAGUUGAAAUUGUGAAAAAUUCUUAAAAACCAAACACAAUUAAUUACUUUCCCAGGUCUGGAAAAUCGAAAGCGGCGAAUGUCUUCGACGCUUCGAUCGAGCCCAUGUCAAUGGAGUUUGUGCAGUUAGGCUAUCUCGAGACAAUUCGCAUGUUUUAUCCGGUGGAAAUGAUCAUGUAGUUAGGUAAAUUUUCAAUUUCAGAUCGAAUUUUUGAAAUUUCAGACUAAAAAAUCGAAAUUCUUGAUUUUUCUCAUAAAUUUAAAUUUUUGAGGAAAAAAAAGUGAUUUUUGUUGCCCAAAAUCUUCCUCCGAAAACCCAUUUUUCAUGCCACUUUCAGUACAACUAAUAAUUCUUUUUUUUUUUCAAAAACAUUUUUUUUUGAAAACAAGUCAUAAAUUUCGGGGAAAUAUGUACUUGUUUCCAAGUUUUACAAAAACCAAAAUAAGGGAUUUUUUGCAGGGUUCAUGGAAUGAAAAGUGGAAAAUGUUUGAAGGAAUUGAAGGGACACACUUCGUAUAUUACAGAUGUCAGAUAUUCGGAUGAAGGAAAUCAGAUUGUGAGUUUUUCAUCCGGCAAAAAAACCUGAGGGGAAUUUUUGCCACGUGGAAUUUUUUGUAUAGAAUUCGGAAAGAAUGACGUGUAAACCUUGACGUUUUUUCAUGAGAAAAAAGUACGAUGAAAUUCAACAUGAAUUUAACUUGAAAAAAUUCAUCUGCUUUCUCAUUCCACGUGUAUUUCCCAAUUUCUUCAAAAAUUCUCUUCCCACCGAUAAAAUCUGUCUUUUUUUCCCUCUCUUUUAUUCGAUCAUAAAUUUCUCUAAUAUUUUUUUUCUGUUUGCUUUUUGUUCUUUGUUGGCUGAUGUGGAUUUGACCAGCCAGCCAAAUGAAAAUGAAAAACAAUGAAAAAAUAUUGAUUUUUCUUGAAGUUUUCGGGCUUCGAAUACUAAUUUUUUUGAAUUUUUAGUGGACAUUUUGUUCAAAAAUUUUAUUUCUCAUCGAUGACUUUUCAUGUAAACAUUUACCUAAUAUUUUCCAGAUUUCCUGCUCCGCGGACAGCACAAUUCGUGUUUGGCACGGAAAAACGGGCGAAUGUUUAUCGACAUUUCGAGUGGCGGGUGCAGGCGAUGCGCCAAUCUUCAAUAUUCUCCCGAUUCCCAAAAGUGACCCGCCACAAAUGGUAGUCUGUAAUCGAACAAAUACACUUUAUGUUGUCAAUAUUUCGGGACAGGUAAGGAGAGGGUUUUAUAGGAAAAUUUGAAUGAGUUAUGUCAAAAUUGUCUCUGAAAAGCUGAAUUUAAUUCAGGUUUAUCUAGAAAAUCUGGAUUUUCACCUGAAAAUGUGAAUAUAGAAAAAUACAUGUUCACUUUUUUAAAAAUUUUAAAAAAUUUCAAAAAUUACUUCGAAAUUCGCAAAAAAUGAUUUUUCCAGGUCGUCCGAACAAUGACAUCAGGUAAACGUGAAAAAGGAGACUUUGUCAGUUGUAUAUUAUCGCCACGUGGCGAAUGGGCUUAUGCAUUGGCAGAAGACGGUGUAAUGUAUUGCUUUUUGGUGUUAUCAGCAUCGUUGGAAACCACGUUGCCUGUGAGUUUUUUGGGGGUCAAGUUGGAUUUUUGUGCUGAAAAAUGCUGGAGAAUCGAUUUUGUUUAUCUAGAAAUAUUGGAAAAUUAUGUAUUUUAAACUGGAACUCAUCAAAAAUCGUAAUAUUUAUGAAGGAGAAUCUAGAGAAUUCAAAAAUUCAAAUGUACAUCGUGAAAAAUUUAAAAUCCCAUUUCCCUUCACAUUUUCCAUAUUUUCCCUGAUGUUUUUCCUUCAAAAAUUCCAACCGAGAUAACUAUGGAAGAUAAGAGUACAGAACUUUUAGAUUGGAUCUUAUGACGUGUGAUUUUUCGAUCUAUUUUAUUUUUUUAUUGAAUAUUUUGAGUUUACCGAGGUUUUAUCCACGUCGAUUUUCGAAUAAUUUUUUUCUAGAUUCCCGGUUCUGAAUUCCCAGUCAAUCCUAUAUAUAAUUUCAGGUCUCCGAGCGAUUACCAAUUGGCCUUGCACAUCAUCCUCAUCAAAACUUGAUUGGAACUUUCUCUGAAGAUGCUCAUCUUCGACUGUGGACUGAUUAA